AUGGACGCGCGCGGAACGACGCCGCAUCGCCGCUGGGCGUGUUUCAUAGCCGACACUGUGUCCUAUGCGACGUUCGUCCAUCACACGUACCAGAUCGUCUGUGAAAACGCACUUCAAAUACGUCUCGACAGCGUGUGCGUCACGACGAGCGCAUCCUGGGGAUGGACGCGAGGCGACGCGGCCAAGCGCGCGAGCUUUGGGUGA